AGAUGGUUUUUCUUGUGAAAUACAUUUGUACGCAUGUGAUAGUUCCCCCCCAUAUGGUUUUUCCUAGCGCGUUUUCCACGUAACCACCUGUAACUUUACCGAAUCACAUUCACUUUCACAUAGUGGAGAGACCUUCAACUGAACUGCAAAGAUACCCAAUGAUACCACGUAUCUUUUAGCUGUUUUCGUGCAUCAGUUUCAAGAUGAGGUUGGCUGGGAGGACACUGCUGCUUCUGAGCUUUCUUUGGGCGGAGAGUGAGGGCAGACGGAUUUGGUACGAGGAGGGGCCGCUCUAUGAGUCCACGAAGCUACUGAUAGCCGAGCAAAGAUUUAGGGCCGAUCAGCUGUGGAAUGACACGAACCAGGCGAUUUAUGCACAGGCCGAGCAAGUGCAGCAGGCCAAGGACACCCUGGACACGCAUCAGCGGCAAGUGAGCGCCCGGCUGGAGGAGUUCUUUGACCACCAAUACACCGUGGAGUGGGGCGCCUGCUUCAAGCAGCACGAGCGCGAAGUGGCGCAUUUCAAUCGGGAACUCAUCGACAAGUACAGCAUCUGCCGACAGUCGCUGGACAACGUAAUGGCGCACUUCGAGCAGGAGGUGGUGGAGGAGGCCAGCUUCCUGAAUGUGGCCGCACAGAAGAUCGCGGAUCUGGCCAAGAUCUGUCAGGUGUGGCAGCUGAAGCAGUCGAACUUCAACCAUGCCGGCGUGCUGCUGUGCACUGUGGCCGGCAUCGGAGGCAUCAAUCAGCGCCUGGCCUCUAGUCUGGAGCUAUGCUGGGACAUUCUGCUGGAGAUGUCGCUGGAGGAGCUGGACACACCCAGUUGCAGUGCCUAUCACCAGCUGAAGAUGCAGUUCGAUGCGGUCUAUGCCGGCAUUGAGACCUGUGUCAUGGAGUAGCGAAAAAUAAACGAUGCUGCAAACGAUAGCCAUCAAGAGCCAGAACUUUCGCUCUCUCUCUCU